CUGAGAUCGCGUGGUGUCUGACGAAGGGGUAGGGAGGGUCACAGAAGGGACACGGAGGGCAGAGGCCCGCGGUGAGGGCACGUGACAAAGGCGCAGGGUCUCAGGAGUGGCUGUGCGGCUGCGGUUUCUUUCUUGACUGGCUUCUCGGCGAGGCGGGAUCUUCUGCUGUGAAGACGUGACCCAGGUGCCAGCAGAUCUGACCCACGAAGCCUGGAAAGAGAAGACGAUCAGGUUGGAAAGGGCAGUGUCUUGUCCAGCUCAACCUCCCCUUGGCCCCUGGGACCUGAGGCAGAGGCUGACCUGGGGUGGACGGGUCCCCUCCUGCAGGCCAUGGUGCACCGGCUGCCACUGCGACUGCUGACAUGGGAUGUGAAGGACACGCUGCUCAGGCUCCGCCACCCUGUGGGGGUGGAAUAUGCCAGCAAGGCCUGGGCCCAUGGGCUGCAGGUGGAGGCUGCGGCCCUGGGACAAGCCUUCCCGCAGGUGUACAAGGCUCAAAGCCACAGCUUUCCCAACUAUGGCCUGAGCCAGGGCCUCACCUCCCGCCAGUGGUGGCUGGACGUGAUCCUGCAGACCUUCCAUCAGGCGGGUGUUGGGGAUGCCCAGGUUGUGAUUCCCAUUGCUGACCAGCUCUACGAGGACUUCAGUCACCCCCACACCUGGCAGGUGUUGGAGGGGGCUAAGGCCACCCUGAAGGGGUGCCAAAAACGAGGUCUGAGGCUGGCAGUGGUCUCCAACUUUGACCGACGCCUGGAGAACAUUCUGGUGGGUCUUGGCCUGCGGGACUACUUCGACUUUGUGCUGACCUCUGAGGCUGCCGGCUGGCCCAAGCCAGACCCCCGCAUUUUCCAUGAGGCCUUGCGCCUUGCACAGGUGGAACCUGCGGCAACAGCCCAUAUUGGGGACAGUUACCGCUGUGAUUACAAGGGAGCACGGGCUGUAGGCAUGCACAGCUUCCUGGUGGCUGGCCCGGAGCCUCUGGAUCCUGCGGUCAAGGAUUCUGUACCCCAAGAACACAUCCUCCCCUCACUGUCCCAUCUCCUACCUGCCCUUGACCGCCUGGAGGGCUCACCCCUGGGGCUUUGAGUCUGGUGAGGGAAGUGGUGGGGCCUGACCAGCCCUGGAGACAGGAAGCCCCGGCCUUCCCAAGAUUUGGCCUUUGCCUGUCUGUCUGCCGCCAACUCACAACAGUCUGAUCAUAAAGCAGAGCUUCAGCCCUGCCCCACUAACCA